AUGGCCGCUCCUGCCGCUCCGCCGAAUCUGGACGAUCUGCAGAGAAGAGCCGCGUAUGAAUUUGAGCAGUACAGGCAGAGGGGCGCCGUAGUCCGAGAUGUGGACUGCACCACACAGCAAGCCCUGGCUUACCAGGCGUCGAUACCUCGACAGGGCGCUUACCCUGGUCUGACGCAUCCGAACCCGGGCUCCGCGCCCGUCUUGCGAAGGUUUCCCAAUCGGGUCAUAAAUCCUCCAACCCCCCGGGAUCGUCCCGCCGUCACGCGAAAGAUCAAGCUCCAGCUCUCCCAUCGCAGCCUUCGCUUUGAGAGGUGGCUCGGAUGGGGGGGCAACGGUUUGGCUUCGCUCUUCUAUCUCGACAGCGCCACGCAGCGGGUCCCCCGAAGAGGGAGGCGGACCUAUUUUGUGGUCAAGUCUUGUCUUACACUGGAUGCCGGCUCAACUAGAGCGCUUCGAAGGGAAAAUGCCAGAACCCGCAUGUUCCGAGGCCUCAAACACUUCGUCCAGCUCAAAACCUUCCCCAACACUGUGCAGCUGCGGAGAUCCGCGCGCCUCGGGGGGCAGGCAAAUCUUCAGCCCAGCCAAAUCAGGACCAACGACAUCAUGUUGCUCGAAUACCUCCCGCGCGGCAGCCUGUACAAAGCUCUUGUCGUUGCGGAAAGGGACCAUCUCACGUUUCAAACCAGGCUGCUCUGGGAAAUAUUCCACUGCCUCGUACAAUCUACCAUUGCAAUGGCGUAUCCACCCACCCAGCAUCCGGCCCUGUACCCUGGCGGACUUGACGCUGCGGCCCCGGUGAUGGAGGUUUUUCCGCCGGGAAACAUUCCCACCCCUAGUCGCUUCGUCCACUUCGACAUCGACCCAACGAACAUCCUCGUCGGCGGGAAUGACCCAACGGUGGACCCUGACCACCCGGUAGCCCCGGUGAUGAAACUGAGCGACUUCGGUAUCGCUUCCGAAGUCACGGAUGCUGUCCGAGCCAACGGGGAGCGAGCGCUGCACUUCAGGCGCCUCGCAAAACACAAGUUCUUCAUGCCGGAACAAUUCACAAAGGAGUGGGACUGGGUUCCUCUCGGGUACCACCUGUACGCCGGAGCCCCGUGGCCGACCACGGUCGCGGGGCAGUGGGGAUGGGCAAGCAACCUGUUUCAGGUGGGCUUGGUCAUGGCCUGCCUCAUCACCCAAUGUUAUCCGCCCUGCCCACCGGUCCCCGGGCUCAUCUGGAUAUUCCAUCCAGAGUACGUCAUAGGGGAUGCGGAAGACGAAGAGGAAGAUGACCCCCCCAAGCACCCGCCGGUUCACGCAGGCCAAGUUGCGGGGAAAACAGACCGAAAUAACGUCUCAAAAUACAUCGCUGUUUGGUCAUACGGCGAGUAUCUCCUUCACGAGAACGUGCCUUGGAAGAAGGACAACAACCGCUAUCUGCUAGAGCAGGUGGCCGAGUGUCUGUGCGACGAGCCGAGAUAUAGGCCACGUCUCAACCACCUAAAAAUCCGAAUUGAGACGAGUUUGGCCGCCAAUCAACCACUUUGGGGUCGGGGCAACACCGACGAGGACACACGCCGGCUAGUGGCGCGGCUCUUCGAUCGGCCGUAG